AAUUACAGCAUCGCAAAGUUCUUCUGCGGAAGAGAGAUGCGAAGGAGAUGGCUGAACUUAGAUAGCCCUGUGUUUGGGAAUAUCUUCACCAUGGGUCUUGUCCGUAGGAAAGAGGGACGCGGAGGACAAUUGAUUGUCCUUGCAGUAGUGUUUGGGUGGUGUUUAGGGUCUGUGAGCUCUUUCGGACAGAACCUAGACAGCGAGUUUACGUUUCUGCUACAAGCCGGAAGAUCCGAUUGUUUCUUUCAAACAGCAAUAAAGAAUGGCACGAUGGAGGUCGAAUAUCAGGUGAUAGCAGGUGCUGGUAUGGAUGUAGACUUCACCAUCAUCUCUCCAGAAGGCAUCCAUCUCAUCUUUGAGUCCCGGCGCUCUGACGGAGUCCACGUGGUGGAGCCUACAGUGGAGGGGGAUUAUGAAAUCUGCUUUGACAACAGCUUCAGUCGCUUCUCAGAGAAGAUGGUGUUUUUCGAGAUCAUCAUCGAGGGUCAAGGAGGAGAUGUGGGUGGAGAUGAAGAAUGGCCGGGAAUAGAGGAGCCUGAUGGAAGCGUCCUGGAGUACAAGCUGGAGGACAUCCGGGAGUCCAUGGACUCUCUUCACAGACGCUUGGAGCGCAGCCGCCAGAUGCAGACAGUGUUGCGGGCUUUUGAGGCACGGGAUCGAAACCUUCUGGAAGACAACCUGUGGAGGGUCUCAUUCUGGUCCUGUGCCUGUGUGCUGGUGAUGCUGUGUGUGGCCCUUACCCAGGUUUACACUGUCCGUAAACUGUUCGAUGAUAAGCGGAGGGUCUGCACAUAGAGGGAUUAUCUUGCAGUUUUAAAAGACACUCUACAAAGGAGAACAACACAAUACAAUACAAGAUGUUUGGCUGGGUACCCAUUCCGACUAUGCUCCAUCAUGUUCCAUUUGGUCUCAAUGAACAGUACAGUAGAUGUUGUAGUAUAAAUGCUGUCCUAUGUUUCUGAAACUGGUGAGAGGGUGAAGGAUUUUUUCUUGAAAGGUGAAAUUAUUCCGACUAAAGGUAAGAGGUUGAUAAAAUACUGCUCCACAGAACUCCCAUUCAGCUGGUUUACAAGGGAUGACAAUGUGCAAUAGUGUUGUUGGCGUAUUUGUUCUUCCUACGGUUUUAAGAUCUUUUUAUUAUAUUAGUGAUCUGUCCACCUGACCAGGUAUUUCCUUGGUUACAGUCGUGUUGGUGGUUAGCUCUUUUGAGUUGUUACUGAUUUCUUUUCACGUGCCAUUUCAAGUACAUGCUGACGCGUUGACAAAUAAGAAUGUAGAAUAAGAAAGAGGGAUGAUUUGCCGUGAUUGCCAGUAAAGUACAAUGUGUCAGUACUCUUCCAGACAAACAUGUAGCUUGUAGUGUAUGUGUAUGUCAGUUUGUGUUUUAGGAUAAUUCAGUGUGUGUUGUGUGUUACUGGCUUCUGUUCGGUCUUCUAGGUUAUCAAACUUGUUUUCUAUUUCAGAUGUUUGUUUGAGUCAACCGAAUGUGUCAUUUUGAUUCUGAUCAGACAGCCACUGAGUGUUUUUAUUUUUUUUAUAAGAACAGGCUUUCAUUACAUAUUCAGUGGAAGACGUAAAAAUCAGCUUUACGUGAGAUCCAUUGUUAUUAAAGUUUUUUUUACACAGAA